AUGCCGGUUCUGUCAACGAGGCUCAACUCGUUAAAGCAGCUUUUGGUCCAAUCUCGACAGCUGAAAGCCCUACGCUAUGAAGAUCGAGGUCAGGGCACGUGCUUCAAGUUCUCUCCUGGAGAACGAAUGCCACCCAUCGUCGACUUGAUGCUACGGUCCUAUGACUGGAGCCAUACAGCUGAGGAUGUUCAGAAACAUUGGGAUUUCUCCAAGAUACAGUCGCUCGAGUUAAUUUCUGUGCCCAUCUUCAACUUCCUUCGCUCAGUUCCUUUCCGAGACUUCUUGGCGUUGCAUACACUCCAUGUGGAAGACUACAGUGCCCAUCUGUGUGACAAGAGAGAAGAUGCCACCAUUGGGUUGAACUUGUUGGUGAAAGAUCAUAUCGAGGCACUUGAGAUCUUGAACAUGACUUGCCAUACCCGAUUGCUCCGGCUUGAAUCUAUUGCAGCACAUCGAAAGUCACUACGGGUGCUACGGCUGAGGGACCACGUUGGAUUCUCAGAAGAUGACCAGAAAUGCCCAACCCUGGCACCGGUUGACUUAGCUCAAUUGGGUCAACAGCUAAGGUUUGUUCACACUCUUGAACUUGACCUAGACACCAGACUAUGCGAUCCUACUACCUUUCUCAGGGCGAUAUGUGUUUUUCCAGCUGUGCAUACGCUGGCCUUACACGUCCAGACCAUAAUCCACCCUCUAGAACAGGUCUCUCCAGGAGUCGACCGUGAUCGAGAGGCUGCGAUGCAAACCUUUAAACUACUUGUGCAAGAGAAGGAGAGACUCGGCUCGCAUACGCCUUGGAAGCAUAUCGUGCUCAAUGUCGGAGGUUGGAAGCGAGUCAUGGUGCGACGGCUGGGUGAUGUAUGGCGAAGGAGGAACGAGAUGGGCAUCUACGCUGAAAGAUGCUUUGUCUAUGAACGAGAUCCCCGCGACGGAAAUGUCACAGUGCGCGAAGAGGUCUGCGUUGAGAACACAAGUCGGGGAGGAAGCCCAAGUCCUUGA